AACCCAUCCCGGCAGCAGCGGCAGCACGAUGUCUGGCAGAGGCAAGGGCGGGAAGGGGCUCGGCAAGGGGGGCGCCAAGCGGCACCGCAAGGUGCUGCGCGACAACAUCCAGGGCAUCACCAAGCCGGCCAUCCGCCGCCUGGCUCGGCGCGGCGGCGUGAAGCGCAUCUCGGGGCUCAUCUACGAGGAGACGCGCGGCGUGCUGAAGGUCUUCCUGGAGAACGUGAUCCGCGACGCCGUCACCUACACGGAGCACGCCAAGAGGAAGACGGUCACGGCCAUGGACGUGGUCUACGCCCUCAAGCGCCAGGGACGCACCCUCUACGGCUUCGGCGGCUAAAGCUCUCCGCUCCCGCACCAUUUCGAGAACCCAAAGGCUCUUUUAAGAGCCACCCACAAAUUCCCUUUAAAAGAGCUGUAUUUCACGUCACGCUAUUUUCCCGAGUCGCCGCGGUAUUCGUGUUCCCUUCCUCUCCGCGUUCGCGUCCUCCCUGUUGCACACACGCCACCCCCACCCCCUCACUGCGUUUUUGCUGCCCUGGUGCUGCAACCGGAGCGCCGGGCCUUGCGGUUGGGCUCCGGGUUCCUGGGGCGCCCGCUGCUGCGUCACCCCCCCCCCCCGCGCAGCUCUUUAGCUCCUUCUCCUUCCCGGCAGCCGCUUUCGGCUGGAGCUCGCUGGGGCGCUCCGCCCUGCGAGGCGGGCGGUUCUUCGCGAGGCACUUAGCGGCGGUGCCGGGAGGUUACGGAAGCCGCCGGGACCCGAGGGGCGACCCUCGUGCCUCUCCUCAGCGGCUUUGGCCUGGGCCGACACGGGCCGCGGGAAGGCCUCCCCGCCCCCGC